CCAUUUAUCGUAGCAGGAAGCGCAGCUUUGAACCCGCGUUAAGCUUCUCGAACUGUUUUUGGACCGCGGUGUUGCCGAUACCCUCCUCCUCCAAACUCUCCUCGGCCAGAUCUCCAUGUUAAUUCUCGUGUGUCCUGACAACCGCGCCAUCUACAGAAAUAAAAUGAAUAAAUUUGGUAACACCCGAUACCACUUCUGGUUCACGCUCCGUACGAUUAACAUCUUGGCCAGACUAGACUAGAAACAUGGCAGAUCUCAGCGCCAAGGAAGUCGAAAAGGCAGAAUUCGCCUUCUCCAUUUAUGAUGCCGAUGGCACGAACGUCAUCGACGCCAUUGACCUUGGUAACGUCCUUCGUGCCCUGAAUCUGAAUCCUACAAACGCCACUAUCGAGAAACUUGGAGGGACGAAAAAAAGGGGUGAAAAAUUGAUGAAGCUCGACGAAUUUUUACCAAUCUACAGCCAGUGCAAAAAGGACAAGGAUCAGGGAUGCUUCGAGGACUUCGUGGAGUGUUUGAAAUUAUACGACAAACAGGAGAAUGGAACUAUGCUUGGCGCUGAAUUGUCACAUACACUGCUUGCACUUGGUGAAAAACUGUCCGACGCAGAGGUAGACGAAGUGUUGAAAGAUUGUAUGGACCCAGAAGACGAGGAUGGUUUUAUCCCCUAUACCCCGUUCUUGAAGAAGAUGAUGGUGCUAUUGUAGGCAAACAGGAUGUCAGUGUCACAAAGAUCGUCCUUCCGUUCCUUCGUAGAUUAUGCGAGAGAGAAGAGGACUAGUGAAACAACAACACUGCAAUCAUAACGUUGGUACUCGUCCAUCGGCAGUCUCCAUCUCAAGAAGGGACAUGUUCACCCAUCAUACUCAUCAUAAUUGUUUAUCCCCCGUUAAAAAUGUCUCGUGGCGCGUGUAAGCGCCGCUUCACACGUAUUUCGCGCGAAACGAUCGAAUAAUUGAUCACGUUUUGUCGUGAAAAAUGUUUUGUAAAAUUCUAAUUCCUUCAACAAGAGAAAUAAAUAUGAUUAGAAAGGGAAUACGAUGCGAAACAUUAAUCAAAAGACGUACAAAGUUAUUAAUUGUUUUAUUCGGUUGAAUAAAUAUAUAUAUAUAA